AUGUCCGCUGGAAAGAACCAAACCUCAGUGGCCUGGUUCAUCCUGUUGGGCCUCACUGAUCGGGAAGAACUGAAGGGGACUCUAUUUGGGGUCUUCCUGCUGAUCUACACCGUCACUUUGGUGGGCAAUUUAGGCAUAGCAGCCCUUGUCUACGCCGACCCGCGGCUCCACACCCCCAUGUACUUCUUCCUCGGGGUCCUCUCCUUCCUCGACUUCUCCUACUCGACCGUGGACACCCCCAAGCUGCUCAUCAGCUUCCUCACCACCGACGGGUCCAUCUCCUUUGGGGCCUGCGUCACCCAGAUGGCCCUGAUGACCCUGCACGCGACGGGCGAGUGCCUCCUCCUGUCCGUCAUGGGCUACGACCGAUUCGUGGCCAUCUGCCACCCUCUCCUCUACCACGCCGUCAUGUCCAGACGCUGGUGCGGCCAGCUGGUGGCCGCCACCUUCGCCGCCAGCGUAGCCAAUGCGGCCGUCCAGACUGGGAACGUCUUCAGGCUGCCUUACUGCGGCCCAAACGUGAUCGACCACUACUUCUGCGACCUCCCCACCGUGCUCCACCUGGCCUGUGCCGACACCGCGGAGGCCGAGGCGCUCCUCUCUUUCUUCUCCUCGCUGGUCAUCUUCAUCACCGUCUCCGUCAUCCUGGUCUCCUACUCCUGCGUCCUAGCGUCCGUCUACAAGACACGCUCCCCGGAGGCUCGGUGCAAGGCCCUUUCCACCUGCACCUCCCACCUCGCCGCCAUCUCCCUCUUCUACGGCACCGUCAUCUUCAUGUACGUUCAGCCGAGCUCCGACGGUUCCGGGGACCGAAACAAGGUCAUUUCGGUGUUCUACACCAUCGCCAUCCCCUUGCUGAACCCCUUGAUCUACAGCCUGAGGAACAAAGAAGUGAAGGCAGCCCUGAGGAGAAGACUCUUCGGUAAACUCAAUCUCUGA